AAAAACAAACCAAAACCAAACUUCCUCUCAUCAUUCAUUUACAUGUUCUUGUGAAAAGCCUCUUUUGAGAUUUGGUGGUUAGGCAAAUAACAAGAACCACUAAACUACUCACCCAUGACUAACACCAAAUCUUCUCUAAUCCAAAUUCUCACCCUUUCCAUCUUCUGUUUCACCAUUUCACAUUCCAUUGACUUCAAUUACCCUACUGUGUUUAACUUCGGUGACUCGAAUUCCGACACUGGCGAGCUGGUUGCCGGGCUAGGAAUCAUGCUUGACCCUCCUUAUGGCCAGACUUACUUCAGAACUCCCUCAGGGAGGUACUGUGACGGCCGCCUCCUUGUAGAUUUCCUAACCUUCCCUGCUCCAACCAUGGCUCCCAAGAUCUGUCUCCUCCAAAUUCUUGCCUUCAUUUCCAUCUCAUUUCCACUAUCCAGUUCCAUUCAAUUCGAUUUCCCUGCCGUCUUCAACUUCGGUGAUUCGAAUUCUGACACUGGUGAGCUAAUUGCUGCCGGAAUUGAAAGCCUCCAGUCUCCUCAUGGGCAAAGUUAUUUUGGAGGACCAUCAGGCAGAUACUGUGAUGGCCGUCUCAUCAUAGAUUUUCUCAUGGAUGCAAUGGAUCUACCAUUUCUAAAUGCAUAUCUGGAUUCAAUUGGCUUACCAAGUUUCCAGAAAGGGUGCAAUUUUGCUGCUGCAGGGUCAAAAAUACUUCCAGCAACUGCAGAUUCUGUCAGUCCAUUUUCGAUAGGGGUUCAGGUGGCUCAGUUUCUACGAUUCAAAUCUCGAGUUCUUGAAUUGCAAUCCAAAGGAAAGAAAUAUGACAAGUACAUCCCGGCUGAGGAUUAUUUUGAGAAGGGAUUAUACAUGUUCGACAUCGGCCAGAAUGAUCUUGCUGGUGGAUUUUAUUCCAACACAUUUGACCAAGUAGUUGGCCUAAUUCCAAUAAUUUUGGCAGAAUUUGAAGGUGGAAUAAAGACACUUCAUGACCAAGGGGCUAGGAAUUUUUGGAUACAUAACACAGGACCUCUGGGAUGCUUGGCUCAGAAUGUUGCAAAGUUUGGGACUGAUCCAUCCAAGCUCGAUGAUCAAGGGUGUGUGAGUACACAUAAUGAGGCUGCUAAACUUUUCAACCUGCAGCUUCAUGCCCUCUGCAAAAAAUUGCAGGGCCAGUACACAGAUUCAAAUAUCACAUAUGUAGAUAUCUUCACAAUAAAAUCCAACCUCAUAGCAAGUUAUUCUAGAUAUGGAUUUGAGCAACCUAUAAUGGCCUGUUGUGGCUAUGGAGGUCCACCACUGAAUUAUGACAACCGGAUUGCCUGUGGGAAAACAAAGGACCUGAAUGGAACCUCUGUGACAGCCAAAGCAUGCAGUGAUAGUUCUGAAUAUGUGAACUGGGAUGGAAUUCAUUACACAGAGGCUGCAAAUCAGUAUGUUGCAUCACAAAUACUAACUGGAAAGUACUCUGAUCCACCUUUCUCAGACAAAAUGCCUUUCCUUCUCAAACUCAAGUUCUAAAAACCUUAUAUGCCAGCCACUCAUUUUAUUUGACUUACUUUUACCUCAUUUCUUGACUUGUAGCAACAAUUGAAAGUAUUAUAAAUCAAAACUAAGAAU